AUGCCUAAUACCAUUGGUCAAGUUGAACUUCCUCGUGAGGUUGUUUCCUGGAGAUUUGUAUACUUUCUUGAUAAUGUAUGGAACAAUAAGAUUAAGUCUUGUUAUGAAGAUGGUGAAGGAGACGUUCUGACCUAUUUGCAUAUCAUAAUAAUUUCAUUUAAGAAUAUGAAGCCGGACAUCUACUAUUAUCGAACUGGUUUAGCUGUGUGCGUCGUUUCUCUUUUCACCACAACUAUUCUUCUGGUUACUGUGGCUGGUUUAGCUAACCGAGCUUCUUCUUACAAAGAGGAAGGAUUAGCUAGAAGUCAAGAGUUCAAGAGCAAAACACAAGUAAUAUGGGCGGAGCUGAUAGAAAUGGGAAGAACCAUGCGUAUUCCUAGAGAUUAUGGCUCUGUAAAUCCACAGGAAGCUACUGUUACUAAGGGACAACUGCACAAAUGCUCUCAAUGUACAAGACUUAUGUGUCCCGCUGGUUCCAUGGGUCUUGAAGGGCCACCGGGUGCUGAUGGUGAACCUGGAAUUCCUGGAAAACCAGGUUUCCCAGGUUUUGACGGAGAAGAUAUUGAAUUGGACGCUCAGCCAGACCUCCCCUGUACAAUUUGUGCUGGUGGACCACCUGGGCCAAGAGGACAACAAGGAGAGAGAGGAAUGAGUGGUAAAUCAGGACGCCGUGGAUUACCAGGAAAUCCCGGUAAGCCAGGUCAUGACGGUCCAACAGGAUUACUUGGAAAUCAUGGAUCUGGUGGUCCUGAUGGCCCACUAGGUCAUCGUGGAGCUCCAGGAGAUACUGUUAUUGCUGGGGAGGGAAUCAAAGGACCUCCAGGACCACAAGGCUCAUCUGGUCCUAAAGGUCCUCCUGGAGUUAAUGGACGGCCCUCAAAUCUCAGAGGACCACCAGGAAAAGCAGGAGGUCAAGGAGCUAUCGGAGCUACAGGAAAAUACGGUCCUCAUGGAGAAAAGGGAAUGCCAGGUCCACCAGGAGAGCCAGGAACCCCAUCAACUUAUUGCCCGUCAGACUGUGGAGUUAACACUAUCCUCACUGAUUUUGGCGCCCCUUCAGCAACUGAACCCGUACAAAUGGAGGAAACGGAAGGAGAACCAGAAGAAAGUUUCGAAGAAACCUCUUACAGACAAUUCUAUGGAGCUCGUUGA